AAAAAAAAAAUACAACAAUAAAAACCAUUACUAUUAUACCACCAUAUUACCUUUGAACGAAAGACAGAAAAAAACAAUGGAGGAUUUAACAGAUGUGAUAGUUAUACCAGUUAAGGGGAUGACGUGUAAUUCAUGCGUUAACUCCAUAUCAAUUACUUUAAACAAAUUAUCAGGCGUAUCAAAAGUAAUUGUUAGUCUUGAAAAUGAAGAAGCAACAAUUACUUAUGAUUCAAAUAAAUUAACAAAAUCAGAAAUUAUUGAAACAAUUGAAAAUUGUGGUUAUGAAGCCAUUGAUCCUUCAUUAAAAAAAAAUAAUAUCAUUACUUUGCCUGUUAAAGGUAUGACUUGUAAUAGUUGUGUUAAUAGUAUUAAUUCUGUAUUAAAAUCUGCUGAUGGUGUUAUUAGUGUUGAUGUUUCUUUAAAGGAUGAACAAGUUAAAGUUGAAUAUGAUACGAUGAGAAUAACUGAGGAUAAAAUUAUCGAGGCUAUUGAAAAUUGUGGUUACGAUGUACCUAAAUCAUCUUCAUCUACUUCCAAUACAACUUCCAAUUCACCAUCUUCACCAUCACAAGCACAAGCACAAUCAUCAUCAUCAUCAUCAUCAAGUCUUUCUUCUCCUAGAAAUCCAACAAAUUAUGACGCAUUAACCUUAUCAUCAAUUAGUACUCAUGAUUUUGAUCCUAACAAAUUACGUGUAUGCAAAUUAUCUGUUCAUGGUAUGACAUGUGCAUCUUGCGUACAUAGUAUAGAAAAUGUUUUAAAAAGUGAAAUCGGGAUAACAUCAGUUCAAAUAUCUUUAAUAGUGGAAAGAGCGACCGUAGAAUAUGAUCCUGCUAUAAUUAAUGAACAAAAAAUAGCAAAUAUGAUAAAUGAUCUUGGUUUUGAAGCUGCUCCAAUUCCGGAACAACGUGAAGAUACCGUAGAAUUACGUAUUCAUGGUAUGAAUAUACCAUCAGAUGCUAUUUCAAUUGAACAAAAAUUAGUACAAAUUCCAGGAAUAAUUUCUGCUCCAAUAAACUUUGAAAAAUUUACAGCAAAAAUUCAAUUUGAUAAGGAAGUGAUCGGUUUACGUGAUAUAGUUUAUAAAAUUGAAGAAAUGGGUUAUAACGCUUUAAUUAAUGAUGAUAGUCAUGAUGUUCAAUUAGAAUCUUUAUCACGUACAAAAGAAAUUAUUGAAUGGCGUAAAGCUUUUUUUUGGUCUUUAAUUUUUGCUAUUCCUGUUUUCUUAAUUUAUAUGAUUUUCCCUGAAUUUUCUUGGGGAAGAAAACUUGUUGAUAUUGAAUUAAUUCCUGGUCUUUAUAGUGGUGAUUUAAUUAGUUUGAUUCUUACAAUACCCGUACAAUUUGGUGUUGGUAAAAGAUUUUAUGUUAUCUCUUAUAAAGCACUUAAACAUAAGACAGCUACUAUGGAUGUUUUGGUAGUUAUAGGUACUUCAGCAGCAUUUUUCUAUUCCACUUUCAUGAUGGUAUAUACAGUUUUCAUAGAUCCAACUUAUCCAAGACAACCUGUUUUCUUUGAUACAUCUACAAUGUUAAUUUCUUUCAUUGCACUUGGAAGAUAUUUAGAAAAUAAGGCAAAAGGUCAAACAUCAACAGCUUUAUCAAAAUUAAUGUCAUUAACUCCUUCUAGUACUACAAUUCUUUUAAGAAACAAAGACACAGGUGAAAUAAUUGGUGAAAAUAAAAUUCCAACAGAAUUAAUUCAAGUAGGAGAUUUGGUUAAGAUUGUUCCAGGAGAUAAAAUUCCAGCUGAUGGUGUAGUUGUUAAAGGUGAAUCUACUGUAGAUGAAAGUAUGGUAACAGGAGAAGUAGUUCCUGUAAAGAAAUUUCCUGGUGAAAAUAUGAUAGGAGGAACCGUUAAUGGUUCAGGUAGUUUUGAAAUGGAAAUUACAAGAGCAGGAAAGGAUACUGCGUUAGCACAAAUUGUUAAAUUAGUUGAAGAAGCACAAACAUCAAAAGCUCCAAUACAAGAAUUCGCUGAUACUGUAGCGGGAUAUUUUGUACCUGUUGUCGUUAUCUUGGGAAUUCUUACAUUCGUUGUAUGGAUGAUAUUAUCUUCAGUAUUAACAAAUUUACCUGAUAUUUUUAAUGAUGAAUCAAGUAGGUUCAUGGUCAGUUUAAAAUUAAGUAUAUCAGUUAUAGUUGUAGCAUGUCCUUGUGCUCUUGGAUUAAGUACACCUACAGCUGUAAUGGUUGGAACAGGAGUUGGUGCACAAAAUGGAAUUCUAAUUAAAGGAGGAAAUUCUUUAGAAUCAGGAUAUAAAGUAACAAAAGUUAUUUUUGAUAAAACCGGUACUUUAACAAAAGGAAAAUUAGAUGUCGCUCAUCAUGAAUUAAUGAGUGAUAAUUUGGAAUUUACACGUGAAAUAUUUUUUGCUUUGGUUGGAGCUGCAGAAUCAUCAAGUGAACAUCCUUAUGGUAAAGCUAUAGUUAAUCAUGCAAAACAAUUACUUGAAGUUGAAAAUAUUGAUGCGGAAUUAAGUAAUUUUGAAGCUAUUGCCGGAAUGGGUAUUAAAUGUAACGUAAUAUUAAAUCAAUCAUAUUCUUCCGUACCUUCAAUGUCAAAGAACACUUCAACUAUAGGGAAAUCUUAUAAAGUUGUGGUAGGAAGUGUUAAAUUCCUUACACAAAAUUAUCAUAUUGACGUUCCAAUUGAUUUUAUAAAAACGAAAGAAGGACAUGAGAGACUUGGAAGAACUGUGGUAGUAGUAGCUAUUGAUAAUAAAUUUAUUGGAUUAAUUUGUUUAUCAGACAUUAUUAAACCUGAAGCAAGAUUAGCUGUAGGAGCUUUACAUAGUAUGGGAAUUAAAGUUGCUAUGGUAACAGGAGAUCAACAACUUACGGCUGAAGCUAUCGCAUCACAAUGUGGAAUAAACGAAAUUCAUGCUGGGGUUUCACCAAAAGGAAAAACUCUUAUAGUUAAAUCAUUACAAAGUGAAGGUGUACGUGGUAAUGUUGUAGCUAUGGUAGGAGAUGGUAUAAAUGAUUCUCCCGCUUUAGCCGCCGCUGAUGUUGGAAUUGCUUUAUGUUCUGGUACUGAUAUUGCUAUGGAAGCUGCUGAUAUUGUUUUAAUGAGAAAUGAUUUAGUAGAUGUUGUGGCAGCUUUUGAUUUAUCUAGAACUAUUUUUAAGAGAAUUAAGUUGAAUUUCGUUUGGGCUUGUCUUUAUAACGUACUUGGAAUUCCUUUCGCCAUGGGUUUACUCUUACCUCUUGGUUUGUCUUUACAUCCUAUGAUGGCUGGUGCCGCUAUGGCUUUUAGUAGUGUUAGUGUUGUAUGUAGUAGUUUAAUGUUACGUUUCUGGAGUAAGCCAGAAUGGAUUAUUAAUUCAAAAGGUGCUGUCGUAAAAAUUAAAACAAGAAAUCGUUUAGCAGGUUCUUUGAAAAGGUUUUGGUAUAGAAUAAUUGGCAAGAAAAGUUAUACUAGACUUCAUAAUGAGAAUUAAGAGAAUAUUUACGCGAGAAUAAGGAUUAUUUGUUGGGAAUUAUUUCGAACAAGUCAUGUGAAAAGUACG